UGCGUUACGGUCACUCUAUUUUCAGCACGCAGGAAAAUAAAACAUUUUUCAAUAAUUUCAGUAAACAAACUUGUAAAUAAACAAAAAUGUCGCUAGCAGACGAACUUUUAGCUGACCUCGAGGAGGACAACGAUAAUGAGUUGGAGGAGGACGAUGCUGAGAUGGCUAGUGCCGAGGACGAAAGUUUGUUGGCGGAGAAGUUGGCCAAACCGGCUCCCAAUUUAAUGGAUGUAGACGUUACCGUGCAAUCGGUGCGAGAACUUUGCAAGCUGCGCGAUUCCGAACGCUUGCGAAAUACCUUGCAGCAGAUUGAGCAUUACGCCAGUCGCCAGAGAACCGCAGCCGAAAUGCUAGGAUCCGUGGAAUCCGAUCCGGAGUAUUGUCUUAUCGUAGAUGCUAAUGCUAUAGCCGUGGACAUCGACAACGAGAUCUCCAUCGUGCACAAGUUCACCAAAGAGAAGUAUCAGAAGCGAUUCCCUGAACUGGAUUCGUUGAUUGUCGGCGAAAUGGAGUACUUGCUGGCGGUCAAAGAGUUGGGAAAUGAUCUGGAUCAAGUGAAAAACAACGAAAAGUUGCAGGCCAUUCUCACGCAGGCUACCAUUAUGAUUGUGUCCGUCACGGCUUCCACUACUCAGGGUACCAUGUUAACUCCGGCAGAAAAGGCCAAGAUCGACGAGGCCUGCGAAAUGGCCAUCGAGCUAAACAACUUCAAGUCCAAGAUCUACGAAUAUGUGGAGAGUCGCAUGACCUUUAUAGCUCCCAAUCUUUCCAUGAUUGUCGGCGCUUCCACAGCUGCCAAACUUCUGGGCAUUGCUGGCGGUCUAUCCAAACUAUCUAAAAUGCCUGCUUGCAACGUGCAGGUUUUGGGUGCACAAAAGAAAACGCUUUCGGGAUUUUCGCAAACUCAGAUGUUGCCUCACACUGGCUACGUGUACUACUCCCAGAUUGUUCAGGACACUGCGCCGGAUCUGCGUCGCAAGGCAGCUCGUUUGGUAGCCGCCAAAUCAGUGCUGGCUGCGCGUGUGGAUGCCUGCCAUGAGAGUGUGCACGGGGAAAUUGGCCUGCGCUUCAAGGAGGAUGUUGAAAAGAAACUGGACAAGCUGCAGGAGCCACCGCCAGUAAAGUUUAUCAAACCGUUGCCCAAACCCAUUGAGGGCAGCAAGAAAAAGCGAGGAGGAAAACGAGUGCGCAAGAUGAAGGAGCGAUAUGCGCUAACAGAGUUCCGCAAACAGGCAAACCGAAUGAAUUUCGGAGAUAUUGAGGAGGAUGCUUAUCAAGGGGAUUUGGGUUACUCGCGUGGCACCAUUGGCAAAACAGGAACCGGCCGCAUUCGCUUGCCCCAGGUGGAUGAAAAAACCAAAGUGCGCAUCAGCAAGACGCUGCACAAGAACUUGCAAAAGCAGCAAGUCUACGGCGGCAACACCACAGUCAAGCGGCAAAUUUCCGGAACAGCAUCUAGUGUGGCGUUUACACCAUUGCAAGGCCUGGAGAUUGUGAAUCCACAGGCGGCGGAACGCUCACAAACCGAGGCCAAUGCCAAAUACUUUUCAAACACCUCCGGUUUUCUGUCAGUGGGACAGCGAACCACUUAAAAGAAUAGCUAAACUUUUCAUUUUCUAUAAAAUUAAGCACUUUUAUUUGGAGAUUUGUCGAAUGUAUGAGAUAGGCGUAGUAAAGCUGCAAUGAAGCUGCACAAGAGA